UCUCUCUUUGCUUGUGUACAAGAAAAAGCCUUAUGGCCUCACCUUAUCCUAUCCACCUCUAUCACACUCUAUCUACUUCUUCUUCUUCUUCACUAUUCCUUCUCUCCUUCUCCUUUCCUCCUCAUCAAUGGCAGAAGCUCUCUUUUCUCGUUUCGAAGCUCUUUUCUUUUCUACCCCUUAAUUUUUUCAUUAUUUAAAUUUACACCCAUAUUUCAUUUAAUGCUUUCUUCACUUCUCUCCUUCUUCUUCUCAACUUUCCCUCUUUAACUCCCCCUUAAUAACUAAUACUUUCAUCUCAAUUGUUGUUCUUCAGAAAAUUAUAUCUUCCUCCCUUGUUUCCUUCUUCGUUCUCUUCUUCACAGGAGCUUUCAGUAUUAUAAUAUUGAUUAAUUCAGCAUAUUCUUUUUCACUCCGUUUAUAAUUCAGUGUCUGCCUCUUGCUUAUUAUUAUCUUCAAAGAAGAAGAAAACCAAUUUGAACCCAUCACUUUUUUUUUUUUUUAAUCUCGUGUAAACAUUAUAUAUCUAUAUCUAUAUAUAUAUAUAUAUAUAUCCACUGAGUUCUUUUGAUGCACAAUGGCUCCAAAAACAGGAAAGGCAAAGCCUCAUAGAGCAAAGGGAGAGAAGAAAAAGAAGGAAGAGAAAGUUUUACCCACCGUGGUUGAAAUUACCGUUGAAACACCAGACGAGUCCCAAGUGACCCUCAAGGGUAUCUCUACGGACAGGAUCUUGGAUGUAAGAAAGCUUGUAGGGGUCCACGUCGAGACAUGUCACUUAACCAACUUCUCUCUAUCUCACGAGGUGCGAGGUCAUAGACUCAAAGAUUCCGUUGACAUCGUGUCUCUCAAACCCUGCCACGUGUCUAUCGUUGAAGAGGACUACACAGAAGAGCAAGCGAUUGCUCAUGUCCGUCGGCUUCUUGACAUCGUCGCUUGCACAACCUUCUUCGGUUCGUCAAAAUCCGGCAGUCGGACCAGUGUCAAGGAUCCCGGGACAAAGGAGGCCGGUUCGGGCGAGAGCGAGGCGCCUGGUUCGGACAAAAAUGGAACCGAUUCCGUUUCCGGAGCUGAGUCGAAGCCAAAAGCGGCGGAGAAGAAGACAUGUGGCAAUGCGUCUGACUGUGCAGAGAAAGGCGGCGUGUCAAUGUGCCCGCCCCCUCGCCUCGGCCAGUUCUAUGAUUUCUUCUCCUUCUCGCACCUUAAUCCUCCGAUUCAAUACAUUCGGAGAUCUACUCGUCCAUUUCUUGAGGAUAAACUGGAAGAUGAUUUCUUUCAGAUUGAUGUUAAGGUUACUAGUGGGAAGCCAAUAACGAUUGUUGCAUCAAGGAAAGGCUUCUACCCUGCAGGAAAAUAUCCUCUUCUUUGUCACUCUUUGGUCGGUCUGCUGCAAGAAAUAAGCAGGCCAUUUGAUGCUGCGUAUAAAGCUCUCAUGAAAGCUUUCACAGAGCACAAUAAAUUUGGCAAUCUUCCUUAUGGUUUCCGAGCAAAUACAUGGGUUGUCCCUCCAGUUGUUGCAGAUAAUCCAUCUGUUUUUCCGCUGCUUCCUGUGGAAGAUGAAAACUGGGGGGGUAAUGGGGGCGGGCAAGGAGGAGAUGGAAAAAAUGACAACAGACAGUGGGCAAAGGAUUUUGCAAUUUUGGCAGCAAUGCCUUGUAAAACAGCAGAAGAGAGGCAAAUUCGAGACCGGAAAGCCUUCUUACUUCAUAGUUUAUUUGUCGACGUUUCAGUUUUUAAAGCUGUUGCAGCAAUUAGGAAUCUCAUUGACAGUGAUCAUUCUUUUGAUGAUCCUGCUGCCUCAGUUUUGCUUGAAGAAAGAGUUGGGGAUUUGGUUAUAAAGGUGAUCAGAGAUGGGUCCGAUGCCAGUACCAAGUUGGAUUGUAAAAAUGACGGGAGUUGGGUUCUUGGAAUGUCACAGGAAGAACUUGCAAGAAGAAACUUACUUAAAGGCAUUACUGCUGAUGAAAGUGCAACUGUUCAUGACACUUCUACCUUAGGCGUUGUGGUUAUAAGAUAUUGUGGCUAUACAGCCAUUGUAAAAGUUUCAACAGAGGUGAAUUGGGUAGGAAGCCCCAUUCCGCAGGACAUUGAUAUUGAAGACCAGCCUGAAGGAGGUGCAAAUGCCUUAAAUGUCAACAGCUUGAGAAUGCUAUUGCACAAGUCAUCAACACCUCAAUCAUCUAGUACAGCUCAGCGAUCACAAAAUGCAGAUGUAGAAAAUUUACGGUCUGGUAGAUCUCUGGUAAGAAAAGUUUUAGAGAGUAGUUUGCAGAUGUUGGAAAGUGAACCCACCAAACAUAUGAGGUCUAUCAGGUGGGAACUAGGAGCAUGUUGGGUACAACAUUUGCAAAAUCAGGCUGCAGGUAAAACUGACUCUAAGAAAGCUGAAGAUGUUAAGCCCGAGCCAGCUGUAAAGGGUCUUGGAAAGCAAGGUGCACUGUUAAAGGAGAUAAAGAAGAAAAUAGAUACGAAAAGUGGCAAGAUAGACCAAGGCAAGGUGGUUCCUGUAAGUGGAAAUCUUGACAGCGACAAAAAGUGCGAACCCACCAAUCAGAAGGAGCUAGAGAAGCAAGAUGAGGAACUGGAAAGGAUGUGGAGAAAGCUGCUUCCUGAAGCAGCAUAUGUUCGUCUAAAAGAAUCAGAAACUGGUCUUCACCUUAAGUCACCUGAUGAGUUGAUUGAAAUGGCGCACAAAUAUUAUGCUGAUACAGCUCUUCCGAAACUGGUGGCAGAUUUUGGGUCUCUUGAGCUUUCACCAGUUGAUGGAAGGACAUUGACAGAUUUUAUGCACACGAGAGGCUUGCAAAUGUGUUCCUUGGGGAGAGUGGUUGACCUGGCUGACAAACUCCCUCAUGUGCAAUCUCUCUGCAUACAUGAAAUGGUUGUUCGUGCAUAUAAACAUAUAUUGCAAGCUGUUGUUGCUGCUGUUGAUAAUGCUGCCGACUUUGCUGGGUCAAUAGCAGCAUGUUUAAAUGUAUUGUUGGGGCCACCAACCAAUGCUGAGGCAGAUGUAAGUAAUGAUGAUAAACUGAAGUGGAAGUGGGUGGAAACUUUUCUUUCAAAGAGGUUUGGUUGGCAGUGGAAACCUGAAAGCUGCAAGGAUUUGAGAAAGUUCCCUAUCCUUCGAGGAUUGUCACACAAGGUUGGACUUGAACUUGUUCCAAGGGACUAUGAUAUGGACACUCCAUCUCCUUUUAAGAAGUCUGAUAUUGUAAGCAUGGUUCCUGUGUAUAAGCAUGUUGCAUGUUCUUCUGCGGAUGGGCGUACAUUGUUGGAAUCAUCCAAGACAUCCUUGGAUAAAGGUAAAUUGGAGGAUGCUGUCAAUUAUGGCACUAAGGCACUCUCUAAACUGGUGUCAGUCUGUGGUCCUUAUCAUCGAAUGACAGCUGGAGCAUAUAGUCUUCUGGCUGUAGUGCUCUAUCAUACUGGGGACUUUAAUCAGGCAACCAUUUAUCAGCAAAAAGCACUUGAUAUAAAUGAGAGAGAGCUUGGACUUGAUCAUCCUGAUACAAUGAAAAGUUAUGGGGAUCUAGCUGUCUUCUACUAUCGACUACAACAUACAGAGUUAGCGUUGAAGUAUGUCAAUCGUGCAUUGUACCUUCUGCAUUUAACAUGUGGACCUUCGCAUCCAAAUACAGCUGCUACCUAUAUUAAUGUAGCAAUGAUGGAAGAAGGUCUGGGAAAUGUGCAUGUUGCUCUUAGGUACCUCCAUGAAGCUUUGAAGUGUAACCAGAGACUCCUUGGAGCUGAUCAUAUACAGACUGCUGCCAGCUACCAUGCUAUUGCCAUUGCUCUCUCUUUGAUGGAAGCAUACUCCUUAAGUGUUCAGCAUGAACAAACUACCCUGCAAAUUCUGCAGGCCAAACUGGGGCCUGAAGAUCUUCGUACACAGGAUGCGGCAGCGUGGCUUGAGUAUUUUGAGUCCAAGGCUCUGGAGCAGCAGGAAGCUGCACGCAAUGGUACUCCAAAACCAGAUGCCUCAAUCUCUAGCAAAGGUCAUCUAAGUGUAUCAGACCUCUUGGAUUAUAUAACUCCAGAUACAGAUAUAAAAGCAAGGGAAGCUCAAAAGAAGGCUCGUGCAAAGGUUAAGAUUAGACCAGGUCAAAAUUGGGAAACAGUUUCAGAUGAAAGUCAGAAGGAUGAAACUGUAUCACCAACUUAUCUGGCUGUGGAGAAUUCAAGUGACAAAGAAAACAAAUCCGAAGCUGAAUUAGCAGAACCAACGAAUGAGAAACCUGAUUCAAGUACCGAAGACCAGUUAAUAUUGAUAAAGAAUGAGGAGCUGGCAUUAGAUGAUACCUCAGAUGAAGGAUGGCAAGAAGCCGUUCCUAAAAGUCGCUAUCCUACUGGUCGUAAAAGUUCCAGUUCUAGGAGGCCAAGUCUAGCAAAAUUAAAUACAAACUUUAUGAAUGUAUCCCAAUCAUCAAGGCACCGAGGAAAACCUGCUAGUUUUACAUCCCCAAGAACUAGCCCAAAUGAGUCUUCCAGUUCUGCUGGAUCCAGUCUUCCUGUUACUAAGAAGUUUGUUAAAAGUUCAAGUUUCAGCCCGAAGCAAAAUAAUCCAAAUGCCUCAGCUGGUGGAGAGAAAUCGGUAAACCCAAAAUCAGCUCCAGCUAGUCCAGCUUCGACAGAUCAAGUAAUCAAGUCAACUCCUGUAGCAAGUCCAAUCAGUGUUCAGGCAGCUGGAAAAUUAUUCUCCUACAAAGAAGUUGCUUUGGCUCCACCCGGGACAAUUGUCAAGGCAGUAGCAGAACAGUUGCCAAAAGGAAAUAUUUAUGUUGAAUCAAGCCCAGCGAUGAACCAGGAGACAACCGUGUUGGAGGUCAGCCAUGUUGAGGUGCCAAUAGUUGCAAAUGUUGAACAAGAAACUUAUAAAAAGUCCAAGCGAGAAAAAAGUCUGCUUCCUCCUAAGGAAAACACUGUCGACGAAGAGCAGAAAGGAGAAACUAUGGAAUUGAUGUUGACCGAACCGCUAGCGGAAAGAAAGGUUGAUACUGAUGAAGAGAUAAAAGGGGAAGCUGUUCCAACUGAAGCAGAAAGUAAUGAUGUUGAGAGAAAAGAAGAUGUAGAGAUUGAAGAUUUGAGAUUUGAUAAUACUGAUGCUCCUGACAGUUCAAACAUAGAAACAAGAGUUCCAGAAAAAUGUACAGAAGCUUCCUGCAAUUUAGAACCUCUACCUGCUUUGGCUGAGAGUACAAAUUUGCUGUCGGAAAAGAAUGCAUCUAGUGUCGAAGAAAAAGUGGAGGAGAGAAAUCUGGAGGAUUUACCCAAUGGAGAUACGAGUACGAAACCAUUUCCAGCUGAAGGAGCAAAGCAAGGCGAAGCAGAAACCGGGAAAGAGUCGAGCAAAAAGCUAUCUGCAUCUGCACCACCAUUUAACCCAUCCACAAUCCCUGUUUUUGGCUCAAUUACAGUUCCAGGUUUCAAAGAUCAUGGAGGAAUCCUGCCUUCUCCUGUGAAUAUCCCUCCAAUGCUUCAAGUUAAUCCUGUCCGCAGAUCUCCUCAUCAGUCAGCAACAGCUAGGGUUCCUUACGGCCCAAGGCUUUCCGGUGGCUAUAACAGAUCUGGAAAUAGGGUUCCACGUAACAAACCUGGCUUCCACAACAGCGAACAUAAUGGUGAAGGCAAUCGCUUCAGUCCUCCCAGAAUAAUGAACCCUCAUGCAGCUGAGUUUGUGCCUACUAGCCAACCUUGGGUUCCCAAUGGCUAUCCAGUGUCCCCUAAUGGUUUCCUGGCUUCUCCAAAUGGCAUACCGAUCUCUUCCAAUGGUUUUCCUGUAUCCCCAGUACCAAGCGGAUACCCAGCAUCGCCAAAUGGUAUUCCAGUGACUCAAAAUGGCUUCAUAGCGACUCCGGUAGUUUCAGUCGAUGCAUCAGAAGUUGUAAUUGUUGACGAUGGCGAAAACAAAAAUGAAACUGCAGCGGAGGAGGUUUCCGACGAGUCUCCAACAGAAGCUGGGGGUGAAAAUGAGCCAGUUGCUAAAAAACAAGAUGAGGAAAGUCAAACUUCUGACAAUCUAACAACUCGCGAUCAACAAUAUGAUAAUGAAAAACCUGAUGAUACAGUUUCUUCUGCUGCAAGCGACGUCACCAUCACAAAAGAAAUAUCCAGUGAUUCAAAAGUCGAAGAGCCAAUGAACAAGCGCUGGGGAGAUUACAGUGACAAUGAAGCAGAGCUCGUUGAGGUGACAAGUUGAAGAAUUAUUAUUCUAUUAUGCUUAGAUACAGAGUGACGUGUCCUUGACCCGAAACAUAGGACGUGUUUGUAGCCAGAGGGCUAUGUAGCUGAGUUACUAAAAGCAACGCAGUUUUACAAAGCAGCACAAGAAAGAAAAUUUGCUACAUUGCAGAGCUUGCCAUAUGAUUGGCUAUGAAACCCAACUGCGACGACACCUUCUGAUGCCAUUUGAUUUUUCUGCAGCGAUGGGAGUUUGUUGAUAUUCCACUUGGUAUAAGGCUUAGCGAUAUCUGCUGGAUAGUUUGUGGGGUGACUUUGAGUUCUUUUCACUUUUAUCCUUUUCCUAAUAUUCCUUGUAUAAUUUUUUUUUUCUUUCUUUUCUGUUGAAUGAAAACCGGAGUAAUAAACACUUCCAGGAGAAACAAUCACUUGGAAUGUGUACAAAAUAAUGCUAAGAGCUUUUUCUUGUUCCUAGUUUUA